GGGAGGGAGCGGAGGUGAGAAGAAUAGUUAGUCUCGAAGGUGAUGGUGUCCGCUGCAUAGUCCUGCGUAACGCCCUCCGCUUGGCAGCUUCUCGCACACACGAAUACCGAAACUACUACGGUAGUUGUUGCACUGUACUCUCGCUCUCUCUCCCGCGGGGUGUUUUGUUGCGAGAGAGGAGUGAAGGUGCGAGACCAGGGGCGCCAUGGCGGUGUCGCAGGUGGCGUCGCAGACUUCUUCACGCGUCUUUUGCCUGAAUGGAGACUUCGCAGGGGUGUCGUCGUCGGCGAAGGGCAGGAUAAUCUCGUCUGUGUCGUGCCGUGGUGGCGCGCCGUCGUCGCUGUCGUCGCCAUUGACUGUGAGCAACAGCAGGAGGAGCAAGGGGGGGAGGAAGAGUGAUUUGAGGCCUCGCGUGCAAGUGCCGCGGAGGGCGGGCGUGACAAUCGAGGCGGUGAUUGGUGUGGAGAAGAAGGUUGAUGGUGGUGCGGGGUCCAAAGGGGACGAGGCGCCGCCCGUGAAGCAGCCUGGCGUGGAGGCGGCACAGGUUCCGUCAAUGGAUGUGGAUUCCGUGACGGAGGCCGAAUUGAAGGAGAACGGGUUUCGGAGUACGAGGAGGACCAAGCUGGUUUGUACCAUCGGGCCUGCCUCAUGUGCGCCGGAACAGUUAGAGGCGUUGGCAAUGGGGGGUAUGAACGUCGCACGGCUCAAUAUGUGCCAUGGCACUAGGGAAUGGCACACGCAAGUGAUUCGUAAUGUGCGCAGCCUGAACUCUGAGAAAGGUUAUUCUGUGGCUAUCAUGAUGGAUACUGAGGGGAGUGAAAUCCACAUGGGGGACUUCAAUGGCGCACCGUCAGUCAAAGCUGAGGAUGGUGAAGAGUGGAUCUUCACAGUACGUAAAUUGGACAGUCUCCCGGAACGCACCACUGUCGUCAAUUACGAUGGAUUCGCUGAAGAUGUUAAGAUUGGAGAUGAGUUGCUUGUGGACGGAGGGAUGGUGCGAUUUGAAGUGAUCGAGAAGAUCGGUCCCGACGUCAAGUGCAAGUGCACUGACCCAGGACUGCUUCUUCCCCGUGCAAAUUUGACUUUCUGGAGAGAAGGGCGGCUGGUCCGAGAGCGCAAUGCCAUGCUUCCCACUAUCUCAUCCAAGGAUUGGAUUGACAUUGACUUUGGAAUAGCUGAAGGGGUGGAUUUCAUUGCCAUCUCUUUCGUCAAGACUUCUGAGGUCAUUAAGCAUUUGAAGAGCUACAUUAAUGCAAGAGCACCCAACGGGUCAAUUGGAGUGUUCGCCAAAAUUGAAAGCAGUGAUUCUUUGAAGAACUUAGAGGACAUUAUCCGUGUUUCAGAUGGAGCUAUGGUGGCUAGAGGUGAUUUAGGUGCCCAAAUACCAUUAGAACAAGUGCCAUCUGUCCAACAAGGGAUUGUGAAUGUAUGCCGUGAGCUGAACAAGCCAGUUAUUGUUGCUUCACAGCUUCUAGAGUCUAUGAUUGAAUAUCCCACACCGACGCGAGCAGAGGUGGCAGAUGUGUCAGAGGCUGUGAGACAGCGAGCAGACGCUUUGAUGUUGUCCGGAGAGUCCGCCAUGGGUCUGUUUCCAGAGAAGGCCCUCAGCGUACUGCGGACUGUGAGUCUACGCAUGGAGGAGUGGUGCCGUGAAAACAAGGCACACGCAUCUGAUCGUCUUCCCGAGCUCUCAUCCGCUCUUCAUGAUCGCAUCUCAGAGAACAUCUGCAAUUCUGCUUCUCAGAUGGCCAACAGACUGGGGGUGGAUGCCAUCUUCGUGUACACCCGACGCGGCUACAUGGCAUCUCUUUUGUCAAGGUCCAGGCCCGACUGCCCCAUCUUCGCCUUCACGGAUACGCAGGCUGUGCGGCAACGGCUGAACCUGCAAUGGGGGUUGAUCCCGUUCCGGCUAGACCUCUCCGGGGACAUGGAGAGCAACCUUCGGAGGACGUUUGCGCUUUUGAAAGCGCGUGGCAUGAUGAAAAAAGGUGAUCUCAUAGUAGCGGUCUCCGACAUUUCCACUUCCGAUGUAAUGCAAUCUAUCCAGGUGCGCAGGAUUCCUUGAGAACUCGAUCCUGAUUUACCAGGAGAUUCACCAAAAGGCUUAUCAGAAAAAUCACUCUAUUUUUGGAAGGAUCGUUGACAGAGAUCCCCACAAUCUAAGCACUGGGUUGUGCUUGUUUCUUCUCAGAGAGAUAUUUUAUGGUCCCCAAGGUUUGGAGGGGUGGAUAGGUAUUCAGUCAGCUUAACUAUUCUGCAGGUGAAGAUCGUGGGUGGGUUUUGCGAAGCUCUCCUUGAGGUAGAGUAGGAAUGAAUUGUUGAGUAGCAGAAGCAAUAUAAUUAGGCAGGUUCUUUGGCUGGUUGCCAUAUGCGCGUGAGGCCAGCUUUGUGGUAAACGGCAAGCAUUUAUUGAUUGUUGCACAUUGAGCAUCGGCCUCGAGUUGAUUGCACAAAGUAGUUGCGCCACUUAGUUUUUAUUUCUGCCAUGAUAUAUAUUUUAACAUGGAGUAUCAGUUGUGUCCGCUUGAAUCAGUCAUC